AUGUCCGGUCAGCAAGUUUGCAGAUGCGUUUGCGACGUACUUGGAUUGGAAUUGAACGAUCCCGCAAACGACUGGACUCAGGGUCGCCUGAAGAAACUACAAAAUACCACUUCCACUUUGUACAACGUGUCACUGAAUAAGGUUAUGCUUAAGCAGCACGAGGAGGUAGCAAGAAUGCAUCUGUGUGCUUUCUUGGCCGCAGAAAAGCUUUCGGAGAAGUACGAACCUGAUCUGCGCUACGGAAGCGACAAGAUCCCUCUUGAACCGCGAAAAAUCUUGAAAAUGCUGGAAAUCAUGAGGACAUCCAUUUUGAGUGCGUCUCCUGUCAAGCGUCUGAGCUGGUCGCCAAGUUCGAAGACAGUUCGGCAAAGCCCUGUCAAAAAUGGUGGUCGUUUCACGGCCAUCGAUCCAAAUGAAAUGCGAAGACAGCUGUUUGGAACACCAACCAAAAGUGCUGCAGGGCAGAAGAGAAGCAGGGAAGCAACGUCAGAGGAAGAUCUUCUCGAAACUCCAAAACAGACGAAAACUCCGGGGACGCCUGGCCGUGACAACCAUGUGGGCAGUCCUACGCGUGCGACAAGAAGAAAACUGGUGUUCGAGAUGGACGACGAUACCGUUCACCAUGGGGCUCGAAAGAGUGAAAAUAUAGGUGACGAUGACGACGGUAGCGUGCAAGCGGAAGAGGAUAAGGAGGAGCCACAAGAUGAGGAAGAGGAACGCUCCUCUUCGCGGCCAAGCCCACGUAAAGCUCUUUCUUCACCAAAACGCCGCUUCAAUGCGCCAGAUGUAGACCCUUCCGGUGCCUCCAUAAGCCAACGCUCUUGUCUCCUUUACAAAAAAUACUACAAAGUGACACCCGCAGAGGUUAUAGAGCUGUGCAAUCAUUUUGAAAUCCCACGCGACGUUGCGUACCGAAUCCUGGACCAAUUCUUCGAACAUGCCACGUAUCUGGUGUUCCCAUAUCAACUUGUGUGUGGGCUCAUUUUGAAUUGUGCGCAAGUGAUAUUCAACGAACAGCGGCGCAAGGAUCCUAGGGUCACCGAGUAUCUAUACCAAAAAAUGUGCAUGUUGAUGAGGACCAACGAGCUUACGGAUAUCAAGGAAUGUAUGCAAAUAGUCCGCGAGCUUAUAGAUGGAGAAAAAUGGUUUCGGACGCUCAAGGUGGACCAUGACUACUACGACGGUGUUGCCUACGAAGAAGCUAUUGCGAUCAGGCUCGGGAACAUGCUUCAGAGACCUACUAAUGUUGCGUCCGAUGAACAGUUUGAGAUCUGGAAGCAUCGCCUGAUGACAGAUAUUUCCCUUAGAGAUGGGUAA